AUGGAACGGCGGAAAGUGGUCUUGUUAAUGAUUGGCGUCAUGGUGAAAUUUCUUCUCUCCACCCUGAUGAUAACACUUGGUGUGAAUGGACAAACAAUGGAAGCAGACACCAACUUCACUCAAGCUCUGGUAUACUUGGCAAAAUUUGGUUACUUGGCACCAGGUCCACUCACAAAUCCUCAAGCAGGUGCAUUGAUGGAUGGAGAGGAGCUGGAGAAAGGCAUCAAGCGGUUUCAAGAUUUUGCAAAAAUCCCUGUCACAGGUCCACUCACAAAUCCUCAAGCAGGUGCAUUGAUGGAUGGAGAGGAGCUGGAGAAAGGCAUCAAGCGGUUUCAAGAUUUUGCAAAAAUCCCUGUCACAGGGAAACUAGACGAAACGACUGUGGAGCUGAUGCAGCUGCCCAGAUGCGGAGUCACGGACAACGUCGGCUACGGCAACAAGGCACGCAGAAGGAAGCGAUACACUCUCCAAGGAAGCAGAUGGAGAGUGAAAGCGCUGACUUACCAGAUAACCAAGUACCCAAAGAAUUUACCCAAGUCGCAAGUAGACACGGAAAUUGCGAGAGCCUUUAAAGUGUGGUCAGACGUGACCGACUUGACGUUUACAGCUGUGACCUCGGGGAAAAUUCACAUUGAAAUUAGAUUCGAAGCAGGGGAACAUGGAGAUGGUGACCCUUUUGAUGGUCCUGGUGGAACCUUGGCUCAUGCAUACUUUCCCAUUUAUGGAGGUGAUGCACAUUUUGAUGACAGUGAGAAGUGGACUGUUAGCAAAUCUUCAGGAACUGAUUUGUUUCAAGUGGCAGCUCAUGAAUUUGGACACUCACUAGGAAUUGGUCACUCAGACAUCCGUCAAGCUUUAAUGGCACCAUUCUACAGAGGCUAUGACCCAAAUUUCAAACUGCAUUCUGAUGACAUACUGGCAAUCCAGUCAUUGUAUGGGAAGAAAUCAUCUGACCAAGACAAUGCAGUGUCUUCAUCUGCAACAACCACCACAACACCCAAGCCAAAUGCAACUGUCAAACCAGGAAGUACUGAUGCUGAAGGUGCUGCCAGUAAUGGGCCCAAAUUGUGCGAGGCUAAAAAUGUUGACACUUUUUUGACCACCAAGGAUGGAACAACUUAUGUUUUCAAAGACUAG